UGUCGUAGAACAUAACAACAUGAAAAGUGUCGUGGGACGUGAUAACGUAAAAAAUAUAACUGCGGUUAAUAGAAAUUCUGCAACUCCAGAACACGGGAAUUUUCAUGUAAUCACAUCUACAUUUCAACUCACUAACGAAAUGAAAGGUGUCAAUCAGACUAAAAGUGAAUCGGAGGUAGGAAAAACUGUACCAAAAGAAUUCAUUGGAUAUGCUGGCGACGUUGGACCACCGGGAUCACCUGGGCCGCCAGGACCUCAAGGACCUCAAGGAGAUCCUGGCCCAUCUGGAGAAGAAGGACUUAUAGGGGAUCCCGGUCCUCCUGGUGACUACUCUAUAUCACUAUCGCACGGUAUGCUUUGCGUUAUUUACAUUUAA